CUCUAUUUGAGGACCUUAAAACUCCGUUCUGCACAGAACAUGUAUGGUCUUUGAAGAGCGUCCGAGGAGACAUCCAGUUACUGUAUCCGAGGAUAAAAACAGCCCUCUCCGAGGAGGUAAAGCGGUGUGUCUGAAGUGUAAGCCACCCAUUUCAACAUGAAACUCGCCGCUGCUGACGUCACCGAGCCAUCUUUGUGCACCUAAUCCAGGCGGCUGUUUAUUACACCUUCAUUACCACACAGACCCGGGCUCUACUGACAGCCUGCAGGUGCCGCAUCGUCACAAACAAGGAGGAAAACAGAAAGAGAACCCUUUUGUAGUGCGGGGACACAAUUCAGUGCUCCUCCUAGGAUAUAUAGGCAGGGAAACGCCACAAUAACCAACCAAAGGCUGCCAGAGGGUAGAGAGGAGCGCAGAAGGCAAUCCACAUCCAUCUGCCAGCCACUUAGUGCGCGCUAACAUCUCCAGUCCGGAUUUCAGCGCAGCUGUCGAGCUAAUACAACCAGGAAAAUGUCUGCCCCAGCAGCUGGAGCCCCUGCGCCAGAGGGAGGAAGUCAGCAACCUCCCAAUCUCACCAGCAACCGCCGUCUGCAGCAGACGCAGGCACAGGUGGAUGAGGUGGUGGACAUCAUGCGCGUAAACGUGGACAAGGUUCUGGAGCGUGAUCAGAAGCUGUCAGAGCUGGACGACCGGGCCGAUGCCCUGCAGGCUGGAGCCUCUCAGUUUGAGACUAGCGCUGCAAAACUGAAGAAUAAAUACUGGUGGAAGAAUGCCAAGAUGAUGAUUAUCCUGGGUGUGAUAUGUGUGAUUGUCCUCAUUGUCAUUAUUGUGUACUUCAGCACCUAAGAAGAGUCGCUCCUACCCCAGUCUGAUCCAAGCUUCCUUACUACAGAAGAAAAAAGAAAAACAACCUCUAAUUGAUGACAAAAUUAACCACAGAUGAAUUAAUUUAUUGUAUGUACGUAUAUCUCCGCCCCCCAGCUAGCCUCGAUAUAACACCCCUAAACCCUUCAGGGCCCCCGUGGCUCUCCUCAGCCCCCCGCUCCUUACUUCCACAGCCUCGUCUCUGGAUCCCUGUCGAUAUUUGUUCUGUGAGUGUGUGAGCCUGUCUUCUUUCUGAGUACUCUUGGCUUUUCUAACCCUGCCAUUCUGGGAACCAAACCCCUCCCCCCUACCUUUGCCCCCCCCAACCCCCCGUGAUGAUGCAACAACAGAAACCGGUACAACAAUUGGCGAUAAUUGUUACAUAGCUGAUAUAUAGAGUUCUUUGUAGAGUUUUAUUCUGAUAUAUAUCUGAUAUACUGUUUUGUAGGUGUGUGUGCGUGCGCGUGCGUGCGUGUGUGCAUUUUGUACUUUUUAUUUUUUGUAUUAAUUUGAUGUAUGCUUUAGCGUUGACUACUGCCUAUUAAUGAAAGUGUGCAUCUUGCAUGUGCUCUACAUCCCCCUCUGAUUGUUUUGUUGUCCAAUUAGCCUCCUUAAAAAAAAAAAAUUCUACCCGUGUUUCUCUUGAAGGCAGACUGAAAUUCGCCAUCUUACCGACACUUAUUUCCUUUUUCGCCAAAAAGAAAUGGUUUUUGCUUCUCUUUUUUUUCUUUUUUUGCUACAGCUAAUGCUCACUCACUGAUGUUAGUGAAAUAAUACAUGACUUGUGCAACGAAUCUUUAGCGUUCAUCACCUCCGACCCUAUCCAACUCUCCUUCUUUUUUUCUGAGAGGGAUUCUUAAACAACGACCGUCUGACGUGUCUUUUGGCGCCGUCUUGUUUCUCAGCAGCAUGCUUCCUUCGGACAACUUUAAACUGCCAUAGUACGGUCGGACCAAUGUCUGUAGGUGUCUUUGUUUUUUUUAAUUAUUAUUAUUUAAAGAUUACGUAGUGUCUUAUUUCGAAAACAUUCCUUCAUUGCAGUCUAGUGCAGAUGCUCUUACUGUAGCACAUUUAAGUGUGAGUACCUUAAAAACGAUGAACGUUGUGUCAGUAAUAACAAUAGGAGGAAUAGUGACUAGGUGUAAAGUUACUUUUUUUUCUUUGCAUAGACUGGAUUGUCCUAAUAAUUUUUUUCUACAAUUUUACCUUAACAUUACACUUAUGAUAAAUUUUGGGUUGGAAAUUGAUUCUAGCAUCGGGGGGAAUAACAUUCUUCUGCAAUGGUUUGUGCAGAUUUUGAAUCCGUUCAAAACCUGCACAAACGUCCGUGGUUUUGACAGUGCCGCCCGGCUGUUUAAACGGACCGCCAGUGCAGCAGAACCUCUCCACAUUAAGAGCACAUUUAAAAAAAAAAAAAAAAAGUAAAAUUAGCUGGAUCGCC